AUGUUUUCUAACUGGCGCUCGCAACCCGAAGGUAGCGGCCAUUCCUCCUCCGAUGACACGAGGGUCGGCGAUAACGAUCAAGACACCCAGGUCAUGGAACCUGAUCAGGGCAAUGUUUUACCUCAGUGGAUGGCAUAUCCGACCCCCGUCAGUUACCCCGCGACCCCGCGGCGCUUAUCGUUGAAGAGACAUCGUAUCGCUAACCAGGCCAUCAGAGGUGUCAAGAAGCCACUCAACCCUAUUCUUGGCGAAAUCUUUACCUGCUACUGGGAGCUCGGGAACAACAAGCGAGCAUACUACAUUUCCGAGCAAACAUCGCACCAUCCUCCAAAGUCGAGCUACUUCUACAUGGCCCCGGACUAUCACAUUCGAAUCGACGGUACCUUGAAACCGAGGAGCAGAUUCCUCGGCAACUCUGCUGCUAGCAUGAUGGAGGGUGUCGCAUACCUGAGCUUCUUGAAUAGAGGGAAGAACACAGCAAUUGGAGAGCAAUACAUUUUGACCCAGCCAAACAUGUAUGCUCGCGGUAUUCUGUUUGGAAAGAUGAAGUAUGAGCUCGGUGAUCAUAGCUUUGUACGAUGUCCAGAACUGGACCUGACCGCGGACAUUGAGUUCAAGGUGAAGGGCUGGGUCAGUGGUACAUACAACGCAAUUGGCGGAGUUAUCAAGCGGGAAAGCACCGGCGAGGUUCUUUAUGAACUGUCAGGACUCUGGAGUGAUGAGAUGUUCAUCAAGGAUGUGCAGGCAAGUCCCUACCAGCGGGAUAGCUCCAAAUACACUAAACCUGCUAACAAUCACUGCAAAAAGACCGGCCAUAAGGACAUGUUCUUCAACGCCAUGACGUCUAAGCCAAGCUCACCAAAAGUUCGACCCUUGGCUGAGCAGGAGGAGCGAGAAUCACAGAAACUUUGGGCUUCAACUGCAAAGGCUGUCAAAGAGAAGAAUCACGAAGUGGCUACUGAUGAAAAGACCAAGAUCGAGGACAGGCAACGGGAGGAAGCCGCUGCUAGAGCACAAGAUGGCGUUGAUUGGCAUCCGCGUUUGUUCCGACGGGUCAAGCCUGGCGAUGGUGUUGGGGAUGAUCUCGAAUGGAUCAUCCAUACUCCAGUAGACCCAACGACGUCCCCCGAAGAGCAAACUAAACAGUUCUUGUCUAUCUACCCCGUAGUUGAUGGGCAAACCCUGGAUGGCGACUUCGCCAUUCCACCUCGAAAGGAAGCGAACGGUCAAGCGGAAAAGAAUGGCGUGGCAGGUGACCUUAUUGACAUUGGUGGUGAUGACCCGCCUACACAGCCAAUAACAAACAAUAAGUCUACUGAGAUUGAGAAUUUGCUAAACUCGACGGGAAAACCGGCAGAGGGCGCAUUAAUCGAUUUUGCCGACGACAUGAAGAAGGAUUUACCAGCCGCCGGCGAUAAGCCUUAG